UAACAUAAAAUUAAUAAAAACGAAUUUUAAAUAAAUAAAAAUUAUUUUGUAAAUACUGGUAAUAUUUAAAAUUUUAUACAGUAAAUUGUGGAGUUACAAAAAUACACUGCUACAUAUAACUUAUCAACUGCUGAUUGUAAAAUAAUUUAAGGUGAAAGCUGUAAUAUAUAGUCAUAAUGAUGAUAUUAAAUGAAAUGUUCUCUUAAGUAGGUAUUUAAUUUAUUUUAAAAAUAAAUUUAUUUUUAAUUUUUUAAAUCGUUAUCCUAGAUACAUAGUUAUUGCUUUAUAAUGAUUUCAAUUCAAUAAAUUUACUUUGAUUUGUUAAAAUGUAAAUUAAACACUGAAGUAAAUUAAAAUUUUUUUUGAUAUGUGGUCCACAUUUAAAAUAUUAAAUCAAAGAACAAAUCUUGUAAAAAUAUGUUAUGCCUUUAAAAGUCAUUAUGAAGCUCUAGAAUUAUCUAAAAAUGCUACAAUCAAGGAAAUAAAAGAUGCCUACUAUCGGUUAUCCAUGAUUUAUCAUCCUGACAAAAAUAAGGGCUGUGAAAAUGCUGCUCAAAAAUUUCGUGAUAUUACAGCAGCUUAUGAAGUAUUAAGCAAUACUCGGCAAAGGAAAUUGUAUGAUCUUGGUACAAGUAAGGAGUUUAAUAAAGAACAUUCUUAUACACAAAGACCAUUUGAUCAGACACAAUCUUCAAAUCAAGUCGAAAAAACAAAAAUUUCAUACACUAGUUAUAAUUUUGAUGUGUGGGCUAGAAGUCACUAUUCAAAAACUAUUCAACGUAAGCAUGAGAAUGAACAAUGGGUUAAAAAAAAUAAAGAAUUUGAUCAAUUUAGAAAUCAACAAAACUCUCUAACAUCUGUAGUUCUUAUCAUUUGUUUUGGAUUCUACUGUUUGGCAUUUAUUGCUGACUUAGUUUUACACACUUACAGUAAUAAUGAUGACAUAGAGAGUAUUUUUGAGAAAAAAUAAAAUACUUUUGUAAUUAGCACAGUUACCAAUACUUGUUUUAAUUUAAGUAUGUAUAUGUAAAUAAUUUGUUAUUAAUACUUUGUUUUAAAAAAUCAAAUUUUAUUGUUUUUCCUUAAUUUGUUGAUCUUAUUCAAACUAACUAUAGAAUCUUAACUAUGCAAAAAAUGUUCAUCAAAUGAUAUAAUAGUAUUAAUUACUUGUAUGUGUCCCUUUCUAAUUUAACAAGGGUAUUUUUUAAUAUACUAUUUGUAAGAGCUCUAACACCAUUAUUGGUGACUCCAGUUAAAGAUUGUAUCUAUAAUUUUAUUGUCAUAACUAAAAAUUAUUUUAGAAGUAGUGUCAAUUAAAAUCCUUAAGUUAUGAGACAUCCUAAUUAAAUUUUGUGUUUAAUCUUAAUUAUUGUAUUUAUAUGAACACAGAUUGUAAAUAAAAAACAUUGUAAAAAUCCAUACCUUGAAAAUCAAACUACAU